CCCCGCCGGGCUGGAUAUGUGGAUGCUCACGUGAAGAUGGAUGUAGCGAUCGGGCUGCUGGGGCUGCUGACGGUUCUGCUGGAGGGCAGCUCCGGCCAAGGGGUGUACGCCCCCCCCACGGUGCGGAUCGUGCACUCGGGCCUGGCCUGCAACAUCGAGGAGGAGCGCUACUCCGAGCGCGUCUACACCAUCCGCGAGGGAGAGACCCUGGAGCUCACCUGCCUGGUCACAGGCCACCCCCGGCCACAGAUCAGGUGGACCAAAACAGCAGGAAGUGCCUCUGACAGAUUCCAAGAUUCCAGUGUCUUCAACGAAACCCUGAGGAUUUCCAACAUCCAGAGACACCAGGGAGGCCGCUACUACUGCAAGGCUGAGAACGGCCUGGGCUCCCCGGCCAUCAAAUCCAUCCGAGUGGACGUGUACUAUUUGGAUGAUCCCAUAGUCACAGUCCACCAGAGCAUCGGGGAAGCCAAGGAGCAGUUUUAUUAUGAGAAGACCGUGUUCCUCAGGUGCGUGGCCAACUCCAACCCGCCCGUGCGCUACAGCUGGCGCCGCGGCCAGGAGGUGCUGCUGCAGGGCUCCGACAAGGGAGUGGAGAUCUACGAGCCCUUCUUUACCCAGGGAGAAACCAAGAUCCUGAAGCUGAAGAAUCUGCGACCUCAGGACUACGCCAACUACAGCUGCAUCGCCUCAGUGCGGAAUGUCUGCAGCAUCCCGGAUAAAAUGGUGUCCUUCCGCCUCUCCAACAAAACUGCAUCCCCUUCCAUCAAGCUCCUCGUGGACGACCCCAUCGUGGUGAACCCUGGAGAAGCCAUCACUUUGGUGUGUGUGACCACCGGCGGGGAGCCGGCGCCCAGCCUGACGUGGGUGAGGUCUGUGGGGGUCCUGCCCAACAAGACUGUCCUGAACGGGGGCACCCUGACCAUUCCCGCCAUCACCUCCGAGGAUUCCGGCACCUACAGCUGCAUCGCCAACAACAACGUCGGCAAUCCCGCCAAGAAGUCCACCAACAUCAUCGUAAGAGCCUUAAAAAAAGGACGCUUCUGGAUCACCCCCGACCCAUACCACAAGGACGACAACAUCCAGAUCGGGCGGGAGGUGAAGAUCUCGUGCCAGGUGGAAGCCAUCCCCCCGGAGGAGCUCACCUUCAGCUGGUUCAAGAACGGGCGGCCCCUGCGCAGCUCGGAGAGGAUGGUGAUCACCCAGACCGACCCCGACGUGUCCCCCGGCACCACCAACCUGGACAUCAUCGACCUCAAGUUCACGGAUUUCGGGACCUACACCUGCGUGGCGUCCCUCAAGGGAGGCGGCAUCUCGGACAUCAGCAUCGACGUCAACAUCUCCAGCAGCACGGUGCCCCCCAACCUGACGGUGCCUCAGGAGAAGUCCCCGCUGGUGACGCGGGAAGGGGACACCAUCGAGCUGCAGUGCCAGGUGACGGGGAAGCCCAAGCCCAUCAUCCUGUGGUCACGGGCUGACAAGGAGGUGGCCAUGCCCGACGGGGCCCUGCAGACCGAGAGCUACGACGGGAUCCUGCGGAUCGUCAACGUCUCCCGGGAAAUGAGCGGGACCUACCGGUGCCAGACCAGCCAGUACAACGGGUUCAAUGUCAAGCCCAGAGAGGCCUUGGUGCAGCUCAUCGUGCAGUACCCCCCGGCGGUGGAGCCGGCGUUCCUGGAGCUGCGGCAGGGCCAGGGCCGCGCGGUCACCAUGAGCUGCCGCGUGCUGCGCGCGUACCCAACGAGGGUGUUGAGCUACGAGUGGCGCCUGGGCGGGCGCCUGCUGCGCUCGGGACACUUCGACCUGCAGGACUCCACGGAGUUCACCGUCAGCAGCCUCUCCCGCGACUCCUACGGCCUCUACAACUGCAACAUCAUCAACGAGGCGGGUGCCGGCCGCUGCAGCUUCCUCGUCACAGGAAAAGCCUACGCCCCGGAGUUCUACUACGACACUUACAACCCGCUGUGGCAGAACCGGCCGCGGGUCUAUUCCUACAGCCUGCAGUGGACGCAGAUGAACCCCAGCGCCGUGGAUCGGAUCCUGGCCUAUCGCCUGGGCAUCCGCCAGGCCGGCCAGCAGCGCUGGUGGGAGCAGGAGAUCACGGUGAACGGGAACAUCCAGAAGGGGGAAUUGAUCACCUACAACCUGACGGAGCUCAUCAAGCCCGAGGCCUACGAGGUCCGCCUGACGCCCAUCACCCGGUUUGGGGAGGGGGACUCCACCAUCCGGGUCAUCAAAUACAGCGCUCCGGUGAAUCCACAUCUCCGAGAGUUCCACUGUGGCUUUGAGGAUGGGAACAUUUGCCUUUUCACUCAAGAUGACACCGACAACUUUGACUGGACAAAACAAAGCACUGCCACGAGGGACACAAAAUACACGCCCAACACAGGGCCCAACGCUGACCGCACCGGCUCCAAGGAGGGUUUUUACAUGUACAUCGAGACGUCCCGGCCCAGGCUGGAGGGGGAGAAGGCCCGGCUCGUCAGUCCCGUUUUCAGCGUUGCUCCCAAAAAUCCCUACGGAGCCACCAACACGGCCUACUGCUUCAGCUUCUACUAUCACAUGUAUGGACAGCACAUAGGAAGUUUGAACGUUUACCUGAGGCUCAAAGGCCAGACUGCCAUAGAGAACCCCUUGUGGUCCUCGAGUGGGAAUAAGGGACAGCACUGGAACCAAGCCCGGGUGAACAUCAACCCCCCCACCUCAUUCCAGCUCAUCUUUGAAGGGAUCCGUGGCCCUGGAAUCGAAGGGGACAUUGCUAUUGACGACGUGUCCAUUGUGGAAGGAGAGUGUAUGAAAUCAGACCAACCGGCCAACAAUCUACGAUCAGGUGCUGUUGGGCCAUUAGCACAUAUACGACUUCUCACACUCCUCAUCCUCAUGUCUGUCUUAAGUCAUCAGAGGUGACCUUAUCCUGGCAGAGGCUACAAAAGAUUCACCAGGCACUGGCAUGAAGAAAGAGUCUUUGUAAAAUGGACAUUUCCAAACAAACUACCAAAGAUUCCUCCACUGACUGACUCGAAAGUUAAAUAAAUACGUAAAUAAAUAAUUUAAAAAUUUAAAAAAAGCGGAUUAAGAAAGCACUGGGGACUUGAAAAGGCAUCACGGGAGUGGAACUCACUAAGAACCAAGCUUGAGACCGAGAUCUGGCCUAAGUAAGGAAGAGACCUUCAGGUGCUUUUGUGGUCACUGAUGAAUUCAGCAUCAUCUGGUUGAACUCUCGGCAAAGAGCUCUAGAAACCCUUGUCAAAGCACAAAGUCAUGGCUGGUUUUGUUUCAAAUGAAUCGUUUGCUUGUUACCAUGGAAACCGAAUGGCCUGCCAAAAAAAAAAAAGAGGAAGGAGAGAGAGAGAGGAAAUACAAACACAGAGAGAUAGAGAAACACCUCACUGUAAACAGGGUACGUGAAGAGCUGGCAUUCAUUUUCCCUUCCCGAAGGUUUUUAGCGUAGAGUUAAACAAAUGUCGGCCCUUUCUACUUCGGCUGUCACCUCCCCUCGGGGACAACCCGGAAUCGGAGCUGUUUGCAGACAUUCCCGUUUCAUUCCUCACGGCUCUGCUUGGUGACUGUGUGCCGUCUCCUUUUGCAUGCAUUCCCACCCAGGACGUGCCACCUGGGCUUACAUUUGUCACAGGCUUCACUGGGAGUUUGCUCGCGGCCGCUGGAAGAUCCCUCUCCCCUCCCCACCGGAGUCAUCAGCUCUAUGGAAGUGAAGAAACCAAACCACCGUCUUUUAUAAAUUGCCAUGGAAACCAAGUGCCUUCAAUGAAACAAGCCUGAUUUCAAAAAAACAAAAAACAAAAAAACCGAACAAAAUAUAUAUAUAUAUAAAUAUAUAUAUAUAUAAAAAAUAAAAAAAAGUUAUAAUAAAUGUAAUAACGAUGAUUUCAAUGCGGAAGCUUUGCACCGCUGAAAACGUGGGCUGUGCAAAGUCUUUUCUAAACAAACUCUGGAGCCUGGAUGUGCAGGCAAGGAGAUGGAGCCGCUUCUGGAGAAGGAUGGAUGGACCUAAGCUGCUGUGGAAAGCCUUUGGGAUGAGAUCCGUGCUGUGUGACCUUGCAGACAGCCAUGGCCUUUCAACUUCUUAUCCAUUCGAAACAGCUCCCGGCAGUGCUGCCCGUGGGAGCAGCACCUUUUGUUGUCGUUGUCGUCAUCGUUUCAGGUUCUCCAGUGGGUCAACCAGAGGAACAAAGGUGGUUCAGACACACACUUGGUGCAGAAGGUGGUGAAACACAGGAUGAUUUUCUUACUCUCCCCCUCCGUUGGGAUGGCUCCCGACAUCUGGAGCUCCGGACGCUCCGAGGGGGCUCUGCCUCUGCCCUGGAGCCAGACUCGGUGCAGAGGGCGAAAGAUUAUUUUGUUAUUGUAGCGAAAUUCAAAAAACAAACAAACAAAAAAAGUUUAAAAAAAAUAAAAAUAAUCCACUUUUACAAGGAAAAAAAAAUAAAAGCUGUACAAAAUGGGUUUGACCUACCCGAACACGUGCCGGUUUUCCACUGCAUUGUAAAGCUCCCUUCCAGUUGGUUAUGAAAUUUGAAGACCUUUUUCCUUAAAUUAGCUCAGCUUUUAACUUCAUUUAAAAAAAAAAAAGACUUUUGUCUAAAGAAGAGUAUUAUUAUUAUUAUAAUUAUAAUAAUUAUUAUUAUUAUUCUGUGUUCUCUCGACACCCUAGGAUUAAAAAGCAAAACCUGAUAUGCAAAUAAUUGGAGUACAAAUGUGAAAACAAACAAAAGAUGAGUAUAAUAAUUGCAAAUAUGAGUAUAAAAAGCACAACGAGAUGCAGUAAAACAAUGACAAGGCUUGAUUUUUUUUAUUCUGUAGAGAAAUGUUUGUGCAAAUUCAGUAAUUCCACUGAAGAGAUAAUUUUCCAGCUCUGUUCAAUAAAGCCUCUUUCCAGGUAAGGCAGCCCCGUGGUGCGUGUGUUUGUUGAGACGCUGGCAGGGCUUUCCUUGGUCAACUGGUGUCAGCUGGAGUUGUACUGGUCCAUACUGGUGGUGCCUGGGGGCUGGAGCAUUCCCAGGAUGCUCUUGGCUCUCUGAUUUUUAGGCAUUUUUGGUGUCUUUAAGUUCCUGUUCUUGGAAAAUGGUGGGAGCUCCAAGUCAGGACAUUUUCAGAGAAUCCCAGGAUGGUUUAGGUUGGAAGGGACAUUAAAGCUCAUCCCUGGAAUCAUGGAAUAUUCUGGGCUGGAAGGGACCUGCAAGGAUCAUCGAGUCCAAAUCUGAACUGAAUGGUCCCUGUGGGGAUCGAAACCACAACCUUGGGGUUAUCAGCACCUUGCUCUGUUUGGAAGAAAGUGGGAACUCCAAGUCUGGAAUGGACUGUGAGGUUUGGAAGAUGGUGGAAACUCCAAGCCUGGAUGGACUGUGGGGUUUGGAAGAUGGUGGGAACUCCAAGUCUGGAUGGAUUGUGUGGUUUGGAGAACAAUGGGAAUUCUGAGUGUGGAUGGACCAUGGGGUUUGAAAGAAAGUGGGAAGCUCCAAAUCCAGAUGGACUAUGGGAUUUGGAAAAUAGUGGCUCUGAGUCUGGAUGGACCAUGGGAUUUGGAAUAUGGUGGGAACUCUGAGCCUGGUGGCCUGUUGGGUUUGGAAGAUGGUGGAAGCUCCAAAUUUAAAUGGACUCUGUGGUUUGGAAGUCAGUGGGAAUUCCGAGUCUGAUGGACUGCGGGAUUUGGAAGACUGCGAGAAUUCCAACUCCGGAUGGUCUGUGAGAUUUAGAAGGAAUUAGGAACUCACAGUCUGGAUGGUCUGUGGGGUUCAGAUGACAAUGGGAAUGCAGAGUCUUAUGAACUGUGGGGUCUGGAAUGUAGUGGGAACUCUGAGUCUGGAUUGACCAUAGGGUUUGGAAGAAAGUGGAAGCUCCAAAUCUGGAUGGACCAUGGGAUUUGGAAGAAAGUGGGAGCUCUGAGUCUGGAUGAACUGUGGGGUUUGACACCCUUAAAAAAUACAAAUCACUGAAUUUCCCACUGGAAGCUCUGGAUUUCAAUUGUGGAUGGAUGGAGGAGCAGGUCAGGCAUGGUGAGACCCUGAGGCAAAUUUUUUUUUGGAGGUUGGUGUGUCCUGGAACUCAGGAUCCAAACCUUACCGUGCAUCUUCCCAUGGAUGUUUCCUGAGAGCCACGUAACUGAGGGGUGAUCCAAGAGGCUUCUCCAUGGGUGAUUUUGGCAGGACUCCCUUUGGAAGAGCUGGAUCUGCUGGGAGCCAGAGUGACUGUCUGUCAGUCAUUUCCACAGGAAAUCCCAGAAGGUUUUGGUUGGAAGGGACCUUAAAUCUCAUCCCAUUCCAACCCCACGGGCAGGGACACCUUCCACAGACCAGGAAGGAAAGGAAAACAGGAAGAAUUCCAUUGCCUCUAAAAUACUUCCCUGCUUUUCCCUCGAAUUUCCCUCAAAAAUCCAAAUUGAACCUUAGGUGCCCAUUGGAGAUGAACUUCCCGGGCAGAGCCCUGGCUGCAGGGCUGCUGGUGGUGGCAUGAUGGGAACUCUGUGGGAAGUUGGGAUUUGGGAAGUGCCCUGUGAUUCCUCUUUGAUAAAGGAGUUGGAUGAUAAGGAACAGGAGAUCCUGCUCCAUUGUUUAGAUCUCAAGCCAAAACUGGAGGCUGAAAUCCAUCUUUCCUCUUUCCAUUUGGAUUUUCCUUUCCCUUGCUGCCAUGGAAUGUUUGAUAAAGAAUUUCAAUUGACAAAGACCACAGAUGUCUUUUUUUAGGGCAGAAUAAUCUGCGUGUCCUGAAAAUCCCAGGUUUUUGUGGGAAAGGAAAUGUAUUCCCAUGCCUGUUCCCAUUUUACUCUGGGUUGCAGGAGGUGCUAAGAAAAGCAGAAUUUCUCUUCCAAAUGUUGAUUGUAGGAGUAGUUCUAUCUUCUUUUACAUUCCCAAAAUAAAGCACCGAAAAGGAAAUGGGAUUUUACUCCAGGCCAUGAAUAAGAAGAACAAAUUGAGAUAUAAAUUUCCUACUCUUGGUUUUUAUUUCAUGUUACAUUUUGGACUGAAAAUGGAUGUGAAAAUGUUGGAUCAGCCAUCAAAAGCAGUCGGAACUGGCAGUUCCCUGGAAUUUGAAACCCCUCUGAUUCAGUUCUGGGGUAUCCAACCUUGAAAUGUCCUUGAUGGAUUUUUAAAAUGGACAUCAAAUACUGAAUUGUGCAGCAACUGAAGCCCUGGGAUGUUGGGAAAAGCGGCUGGGUUUGAUGGCAUGGCUGCAGGAAUUAUCUGGCUGUUCCCAAAAGCAGAGGACGGUGGAGCACAGGAUAAGUUUUCCAGGUUUUUUCAGUUCUUUCUCAGGCUGAUCUGGGAGCAUAAGGAUGGCUCUGGAGAACUUCAUUUUUUGUUUCACAAAGCACAUUGAAUGUGAAAUCAUGGAAUCGCAGAAUUAUGGAAUGUAGAAUUAUGUAGAAUUAUGGGUGAAAGGGACCUUAAAUCCCACCCAGUGUCACCCCUGGAUGGGCAGGGACACCUCCCAGUGUCCCAGGCAACUCCAAGCCCCAAUGUGCAGCCUGGCCUUGGACACUUCCCAGGGAUCCAGGGGCAGCUUCUCUGGACAACCUGAAUCCCACAUUAAAUCAUGAAACAACACUUGGAUCUCACCAUGCUACCAACCCACCUCUUCUGCAGCCUGGCCUGGAUCCUGGAUGGGACACAAGGAGGGAUAAAACCAUGGAUUAGAAGGGAGUAAACCCAUUCCAAUGACACCAUGGAUGCACAAUUAGGAUUUGAAGGCCAGAAAUGCCUGGGGAUGUGAAAUUUCCUUUUAAUUUGGGACAGGAACUGCUGGUUCCUCCUAAAGUGAUGAAGCUGCACCAUCCAGGCUCUGCAAGCCCCAACCUCCACUGAUCCCAGAGCUUUCCUUGACAUCCAGCACUGGAAUUCCUGCUGCAUGCACCAUGGAGAUGGAAUAAUCAGUUUUGGGGUGAUUGGCAUCCCCAAACUUUAAAACAAAGUCAAUCUUCAGCUUCUUGUUAAUUUUCUCUUUUCCUGCCUAGUCAGGGCAGUGAAUUCCCUUUGUAGGGAGCAGUUCAGGCAGAAGGAUCUGAUUUUUUUCCAUGCUGAGUGGAAGAGGCUUUCCUGGUUUUAUUCUGGGAGAGUUUACCUGCUGGGAAUGUUUAUUUUGUAUAUUGAAGGGUAAUUGAGACUCUCUUCCUCCCCCAGAAGUGUGUGAUCCAUCAGGAAAAUGGCUCUUUGGAGCAUUUCCAUUAAAAAAAGGCUCCAGUUUGGAGUUACAAGCACUCCCUGCCUCUCCCAUGCUAAUAAAGAGAUUGGGAGCCAUCUGGAAUAAUUCUUGGAUUUUCCCAUAAAACUAUCAAAAGCUAUAAAAAAGUUUACAUUUCAAAUUCUUUUUUACAUUUUUAUGGAAAAUAAGCAUCACUGCAGGAAUGUUCUCCCCUUUUUGCCUGCUCCACCAUGAUUCCAGUGUCAGCACAGAAGGAAUGAAACUAUUGGACUAUCCUUUGUGCAAAGGAAUUUAGGGGCCUGCAGCUCCUGCAAUCCCACAUUCUUGGGAUUUAGAGUGUGCAGAAGUUUUCUGUCAUCUGUCCCUAAACCCCUGACUGUGUCACCCCCAGAUCCCAUGGGAAUGUUGGUGUAGGCAGGGAAUUGUG